AUGGCGGAGCGCGGGUGGCGCGCGGCGGGCGGGCGGCGGCGGCGCGGGGCGGAGGCGGCGGAGGGACACGACGCGGUGCUGCGGCGGCUGCGGGAGGCGCGGGACGAUCUGCUGAGCUCCGGCUUCUGGGAGGCGAGCGCCGGAGCCGUGCGGGCCUCGGUGCGCGCCAGCGCCGAGCCGCCCGUGCGCUGCGUGUGCUACGGCCUGGGGCGGUUCGGCGGCUGCCCGGCCGCCCGCUGCCAGCUGGCCUUCCUGCUGCUGCUGCUGGACGAGCUGCGGGUGCCGCCCGGGCGCUGCUCGCUGUUCGACCCGGCCUUCUCGGCGCGGGAGGCGGCCGUGCUGCAGCGCCUGGGGCUGCGGCUGCUCCCGGACAACGAGGAGGGGAAGCACGGCAUUGAGGGCUCAGCCACGCUGUUCUACAUGGUGCACUGCGGGAAGGCUCUGUACAACAACCUGCUGUGGAGGAACUGGUCAGCAGCCACCCUCUCCAAAAUGGUCAUCAUCGGGAACAGCUUCCGAGGCAUGGAGGAGAGAUUGUUGUCAAGAAUACUGGAGAGAGAUUAUUCUUACAUAGCAAAGGUUUUGAAAGGGACAGAGGAAGUGGCGCUGCCUUCCCACCCUCGCUACCUGGACACCUUCAAUGACACCUCCAUCCACUGGUUUCCCUUGCAAAAGCUGCAGGGCCUUGCCCCCGAGGUCUGGGAUUGCGUGGAGGAGCCCACCUACCAACACUGUGAGGACCUGGAGAUCAUCAGGAAGGACAGAGCUGAGGGCAGUGCUGCUGCUGCCGCGUCCUGAGUGGCCCUCGAGGCUGCCUCUGUGUCCUGGUGCUCCAGCCCCAGUGGCUGCAGCUGACCCCUGAGCAUGACAGGACGUUUUUGUAUGUUAAUUAUUUAAUAAAGGCAAAGCUGUGCUUUGA